AUGGCGGGGCCACCGCCCUUGGCGCUGCAGCUAGAACAGUUGUUGAACCCGCGGCCGCGCGAGACUGAUCCCGAAGCGGACCCGGAGGAGGCCACUGCUGCCAAAGUGAUUGACAGGUUUGAUGAAGGGGAAGAUGGGCAAGGUGAUUUCCAGGCGGUGGGUAGCAUUAGAAAACUGGCUUCAACCUCCCUAUUGGACACGGACAAAAGAUACUCGGGCAAGACCACCUCUAGGAAAGCUUUGAAGGAAGACCCUUGGCAACAGGGUCUGCCAGGUUCAUCUGACAAGGAAAUAUCUGAUGAGGACGAGUCUCGAGAUGGAGAUUCAGAAGAAUUGGCUCUGGAGGAUUCUGAUGAGGAGGACAUGAGUGCUGCUGAGGAACAGGGGUCUGGUGAUGAUGAGGAGAAUGGCCUGACUCAGAGGAAGAACAGAAACUGCUCAGGGAGAAAGCCUGGCUUCAGCGUCCAGAGCAUUAGUGACUUUGAAAAAUUUACUGAGGGGAUGGAUGACAUUGGAAGCAGUGGUGAGGAGGAAGACGAAGAAGAAAGUGGUAUGGAAGAAGGGGAUGGUGAGGAAGACUCUGAGGACGAGAGUGAGGAGGACAAGGCUGAGGAUAGGAACAGUGAAGAUGAUGGUGUGGUAAUGACCUUCUCCAGUGUCAAAAUAUCUGAAGAGGUGGAGAAAGGAAGAGCUGUGAAGAACCAGAUAGCACUGUGGGACCAACUUCUGGAAGGAAGGAUCAAACUACAAAAGGCUCUGUUGACCACCAAUCAACUUCCACAGCCAGAAGCUUUUUCUCUUUUCAAGGACAAAGGUGGCCCUGAAUUUGCCAGCGCCCUAAAAAACAGUCACAAGGCACUUAAAGCACUGUUGAGGUCAUUGGUGGAUCUUCAGGAGGAACUGCUUUUCCAGUACCCAGAUACCAAAUAUUUAGUAGAUGGCACAAAGCCAAAAGCAGAGAGUGAAGAAGAAAUUUCUAGUGACGAUGAUGAAGUGCAUAAGGAAGAGAAGCAGCAGAGAAGGGCCCCACCAAAGAGGAAACUGGAGAUGGAAGACUAUCCCAGUUUCAUGGCAAAGCGCUUUGCUGACUUUACAGUCUACAGGAACCGCACGCUUCAGAAGUGGCAUGACAAAACCAAACUGGCUUCUGGAAAACUGGGGAAGGGUUUUGGUGCCUUUGAACGCUCAAUCUUGACUCAGAUCGAUCAUAUUCUGAUGGACAAAGAAAGAUUACUUCGCAGGACUCAGACCAAACGCUCUGUCUACCGAGUUCUUGGCAGACCUGAACCAAUAGCUCAGCCUGUGCCUGAGAGUUUACCAGGACACCCGGAGAUGCUUCCUCAGGCCCCUGCCAAUGCUCACCUGAAGGAUUUAGAUGAAGAAAUCUUUGAUGAUGAUGACUUUUACCACCAGCUCCUGCGAGAACUCAUAGAACGGAAGACCAGCUCGUUGGAUCCCAAUGAUCAGGUGGCUAUGGGAAGGCAGUGGCUUGCAAUCCAGAAAUUACGAAGCAAAAUCCACAAGAAAGUAGACAGAAAGGCCAGCAAAGGAAGAAAACUUAGGUUUCAUGUCCUUAACAAGCUGCUGAGCUUCAUGGCACCUAUUGACCAUACCACAAUGAAUGAUGAUGCCAGGCUUGCUGGCAGCACCCAGAAUGACACAUUGGGCAACGACCACUUCUCUUUUCAGGAAGAAUCUGUCUCGGAUCCACAAGAGAAAAUGGAGCUUCUGCUUCAGUGA